GUGUUGCUUAUUUGUUUAGAACAAACUACUUCUCACCAUUCUUAGUUUGCUGCCAUGACAUCAAAAGAGGAUGCUGCUGAGUUUGUGGAUAGACACAGGGCUGAGCUCAUCCAGAGGGUUCGCAAGGUGAUGCCCAUAGCAGAUGAUCUGCUCAGAAGGGGCAUGAUCCAAUAUGAAAUGUUUGCUAAUAUUUCAACUUCCAAGACCAACCCAGGCAAGAUGACAGAGGUGUACAAAGCAUUGCAGUCAGGAGGGACACCACUUAAAGCAGCCUUCUAUAGGAUUCUGCUGAAAAAUGAACGUCUUCUGGUCAUCAAUCUGGCUGCUGAGUUUGUGGAUAGACACAGGGCUGAGCUCAUCCAGAGGGUUCGCAAGGUGAUGCCCAUAGCAGAUGAUCUGCUCAGAAGGGGCAUGAUCAAUCCUGAGGUGUACUCUAAUAUUCAAACUGCCAAUACCAGCCAGGACCAGAUGAGAGAGUUGUACAAAGCCGUACAGUCAGGAGGGCCAGAAGUUCAAUCAGCCUUCUACAGGAUUCUGCUGAAACAGGAACCUCAUCUGGUCAUCGUUCUGGAGGACGCUGUUGGAGAUCUAGAAGAUGGUUUGAACAUUGGAGAAUCUUCUUCAGGGAGCAUUGCAUUGGAAGGUCCUGCAUUACCUCUUGCUUCCAAUAUAUUUCCUGGGACUGGAGGAAAAUCUGCUGCACUUGCAUCAGAUGAGGAAUCGGUUGGAAAGAUCACAUACCACACCAAUAACCAUCUUGGAACAGGUGCCGAUGGAAUUGUGUUCAGGGGUUACUUCCAUUGUGAUGAUGCCAACAAGCGUCCUGCGGCAGUGAAGAGAAUUGAACUAGCAAAACAAAGCAAUGCUGAUCGAGAGGUCGCUUUGCUUCUUCAAUUGGACGACAAUCCCCAUGUCGUCCGCUACUUCUGCACUGAGAAGGACGGGCAAUUCCUAUACAUUGCCAUCGAGCUGUGUGCCGUCUCUUUAGAUAAGUGUUUUACUAAAGAAAAUCCUUUUGACCUUCGCGGACUGAACCCAGUGAUGCUGCUGCAGCAGACCAUGAUAGGACUGGAACACCUGCACUCUCACAACAUAGUCCACCGUGAUGUGAAGCCCCACAACAUCCUGUUGAAAGACCACUCUGACUCAGUCACGGUCAAGAUCUCAGACUUUGGGAUGAGUAAGCAGUUAGCGGACAGCAGACAAAGCUACAGUAUGAGGUCGGGAGCCCUUGGCACCAUGGGCUGGAAUGCCCCAGAGGUCCUGGAUGACAGCAGGAAAGUAAACCCUACCAGUGCUGUGGACAUCUUCUCUGCCGGCUGUGUGUUUUACUAUGUGUUGACAGGAGGAGAACAUCCAUUUGGAGAACCCUAUCGGCAGACUGCUAAUAUCAUGGAUGGCAAAUACAACCUUAACGGAUUACAGAAAGACAAACAUGAGGACAUUGUGGCCACAGACCUGAUAGAACAGAUGCUGAACAUGGAGCCCCAGAGGAGGCCUUCUGCUGAGAGUGUGCUCAAACACCCCUUCUUCUGGAUCCUGGAGAAACAACUGAUGUUCUUCCAGGACGUGAGUGACAGAAUUGUAAAUGAGACAUCGGAUGGUUCAAUCAUACAGCAGCUAGAGUCAGGGAGACAGGAAGUGGUGAGGAAUAACUGGAUGGAACACAUCACAGCAGUUCUGCGGAAAGAUCUAGAAUUACGUAAAAUAACAUAUGAAGGGGGCUCUGUUAAAAGUCUUCUACGUGCCAUAAGAAACAAGAAACACCAUUACCACGAUUCUCCUAAGGAGGUCCAGGAGACUCUGGGCUCCAUCCCUGAUGACUUUGUCUCCUACUUCACCUCCCGCUUCCCCCACCUGCUGCUGCACACCUACCUCACCGUGCGUUCCUUUGCUGAGGAGCUGACUUUACAACACUACUACCUCAAGUCCAACAAGAAACUUAGACAGCAGAAGAGAACACACCCAGAGCCUGAGGUGACGACAACCAAGCCAACAACUAAAAAAAUGUGACCAUAGUGUGAUGUCAGGCGCUCCGCUGAGAAGUACUCCAUCCCACACCAGCAAACCUCCAAUCUACGUCAGUACACUGGAUUGUCACGCUUCUUUUUACAUGAACAAUAUUGGUUUGUCUGAAGAAGAAGCAAUCACUUUCACUUGUAUGCAGAUGACACUGUUGUGUCUCCUAUUUCACCGAUGGCUGACCAGGUUCUGUCAGAGCUUUAAUCUGCCUUUAUUGUCUUGCCGAAAGCCUUUAUUAACUGAAAUUGGUACUUUAUGCAGGUAAAACCAAGUACAGUGCCUUGCGAAAGUAUUCGGCCCCCUUGAACUUUGCGACCUUUUGCCACAUUUCAGGCUUCAAACAUAAAGAUAUGAAACUGUAUUUUUUUGUGAAGAAUCAACAACAAGUGGGACACAAUCAUGAAGUGGAACGACAUUUAUUGGAUAUUUCAAACUAUUUUAACAAAUCAAAAACUGAAAAAUUGGGCGUGCAAAAUUAUUCAGCCCCUUUACUUUCAGUGCAGCAAACUCUCUCCAGAAGUUCAGUGAGGAUCUCUGAAUGAUCCAAUGUUGACCUAAAUGACUAAUGAUGAUAAAUACAAUCCACCUGUGUGUAAUCAAGUCUCCGUAUAAAUGCACCUGCACUGUGAUAGUCUCAGAGGUCCGUUAAAAGCGCAGAGAUCAUCAUGAAGAACAAGGAACACACCAGGCAGGUCCGAGAUACUGUUGUGAAGAAGUUUAAAGCCGGAUUUGGAUACAAAAAGAUUUCCCAAGCUUUAAACAUCCCAAGGAGCACUGUGCAAGCGAUAAUAUUGAAAUGGAAGGAGUAUCAGACCACUGCAAAUCUACCAAGACUUGGCCGUCCCUCUAAACUUUCAGCUCAUACAAGGAGAAGUCUGAUCAGAGAUGCAGCCAAGAGGCCCAUGAUCACUCUGGAUGAACUGCAGAGAUCUACAGCUGAGGUGGGAGACUAUGUCCAUAGGACAACAAUCAGUCGUAUAUUGCACAAAUCUGGCCUUUAUGUAAGAGUGGCAAGAAGAAAGUCAUUUCUUAAAGAUAUCCAUAGAAAGUGUCGUUUAAAGUUUGCCACAAGCCACCUGGGAGACACACCAAACAUGUGGAAGAAGGUGCUCUGGUCAGAUGAAACCAAAAUUGAACUUUUUGGCAACAAUGCAAAACGUUAUGUUUGGCGUGAAAGCAACACAGCUCAUCACCAUGAACACACCAUCCCCACUGUCAAACAUGGUGGUAGCAGCAUCAUGGUUUGGGCCUGCUUUUCUUCAGCAGGGACAGGGAAGAUGGUUAAAAUUGAUGGGAAGAUGGAUGGAGCCAAAUACAGGACCAUUCUGGAAGAAAACCUGAUGGAGUCUGCAAAAGACCUGAGACUGGGACGGAGAUUUGUCUUCCAACAAGACAAUGAUCCAAAACAUAAAGCAAAAUCUACAAUGGAAUGGUUCAAAAAUAAACAUAUCCAGUGUUAGAAUGGCCAAGUCAAAGUCCAGACCUGAAUCCAAUCGAGAAUCUGUGGAAAGAACUGAAAACUGCUGUUCACAAAUGCUCUCCAUCCAACCUCACUGAGCUCGAGCUGUUUUGCAAGGAGGAAUGGGGAAAAAUUUCAGUCUCUCGAUGUGCAAAACUGAUAGAGACAUACUCCAAGCGACUUACAGCUGUAAUCGCAGCAAAAGGUGGCGCCUCAAAGUAUUAACUUAAGGGGGCUGAAUAAUUUUGCACGCCCAAUUUUUCAGUUUUUGAUUUGUUAAAAAAGUUUGAAAUAUCCAAUAAAUGUCGUUACACUUCAUGAUUGUGUCCCACUUGUUGUUGAUUCUUCACAAAAAAAUACAGUUUUAUAUCUUUAUGUUUGAAGCCUGAAAUGUGGCAAAAUGUCGCAAAGUUCAAGGGAGCCGAAUACUUUCGCAAGGCACUGUAUAUAUUAUAUUCCAAAUCACAUAAAAAAUGUAUCUGAUGAUUUAUGCAUACGUACAUUGGAUGGUGCCCUCACUGAUUAUGUCCCCAACUAAUAAAUAUCUAGGCAUCUGGAUUGAUGAUAGUCUGUCCUUCAAAAAGAAUGUUGAUAGGUUCGUUAAAGGUGCAAUAUGCAGAAAUCACUCUGCCAUUCCUGGUUUCUUAAAUUGCAAUAGUUUGCCUAAUUUCAGUUUGUGACAAAACAAGUAAUAUAGUGUAGAGAAUCAUUGCACCAUCUAAACUGUGGUGAAAUAUCUCUUCAAUAGUAAGAAUAUUGUAUUUCCAGGUGUUUGAAGCUGGUGUACAAAACUGAAAGUAAAAGGAGUGAAAAUGAAACUAAAGAACGGGAAGCAUGUAAAUAGUGCAUAUAGAACAUCUACAGCUUGUUAGACUUGCUUUCAAUGGGAAUGACAGAUCGAUAACUCACAUUUCUAUGUGAAUUUGGUCAGGUCGCCCAAAAAGUGACAUAUUGCAGCUUUAAAAUGUGAAGGUAGUCCGAAAUGAGUAUGAUUAUCUUGUAUUCUUUGUUUAUUGAAGAGGGUUCUGUUCAUUUCCUGGUCUGAGAAUUGAUGGGCAAGCAGUGGUUCGACUGCAUAGUUAUUGAAUGGGACAGAUAAUGUGGUAGUAGCCUAUCCCGGGGGAUGUACAUGUUUAUAUCCCAGGUUGUAUUCAUGCUUAAAGCAGGGGAAGCCCCUUUAUUGAUAUGUGUGCAUGUAUACUGUAUGUUCAAGUAUGUUUAUGAUCUGUAUUGUAUGUAUUUUGAAUGUUGAUUGAUCAGUGUGUGAAAUGCCUUGCUUUUAUUGGUUAAAUGCAUUAUGGGUAGGGGUAUAAGAAGCCUGUAUUCUCAUGGUUUUAGAGACAGACAGGGUAAGGUCUAUUUAUUUGAUUGUGUAAAUAAUUGUACUGUUUGCCGGCUCUUUAUCCUCACUUUGCAAAUAAAAGCCUCACUCUGGGCAGGAAAAAUCA